AGAUUCAAAUGGCAGCCUGAAAAGACGGAACAUUAUUUCUUCAGAACUCAGUUCAUGUUGCACUGUAACUUUAUUACAUGGAAUAGCGUUAGAGGAAAUGCCACACACGCAGCAUAUUACUUCAUUCAUUUUCACCUGGUAACAAUUGCUAAAGUUUUAGCUCCGUUUCAGUAUUGAUACAAAAAUGGCAAAACGUUCGCAACCCUCUUGGAGACCACCUUCACAAAAGGCUGGUAGCGUUCUUAAGUUGUAUAACAGUUUGACAAGGCAGAAGGAAGAAUUUAUACCUCAAUAUGGAAAUCGUGUACUUUGGUAUAGCUGUGGACCUACCGUCUAUGAUGCCUCGCACAUGGGUCAUGCAAGAUCAUAUAUAUCCUUUGAUAUUUUACGAAGAGUCUUAUCCAAUUACUUUGGAUAUGAUGUCUUAUAUGUGAUGAAUAUUACUGAUAUUGAUGAUAAAAUCAUUAAACGAGCGAGGCAGAAUCAUUUAUAUGAGAAGUAUAUUGAAGAACAACAUAGUCUUGAUCAAGUAUUAGAAGAUGCCAAGAAAGUAAUGGCUGCAUUUGAAGACACGGUCAGAACUACUAUUGAUGCAGACAAAAAAUCCAUGUUAGUCAAAAUGCUGAGUAAGGUGAAGUUGGCAGUGGAGAAUUUAGAGCAAGCUGUCAGGGCAAAUGAUGAGGCCAAAAUUAAAGAAUUUCAAGAGGCCUUGUUAAGAGAAGCUCGAGAUCCACUCGCUGAAUGGUUGGACAAAACGAAGGGCGAUAGCGUGACUGAGAAUUCUAUAUUUAGCAAAUUACCACAAUUCUGGGAAUCAGAAUAUCAUAAAGAUAUGGAUACUUUAAAUGUAUUGAGACCAAACGUCCUAACCAGAGUUAGUGAAUACAUACCAGAAAUUAUAACAUUUAUAGAAAAAAUUAUAUCAAAUGGUCUGGCUUAUGAAAGCAAUGGUUCCGUUUAUUUUGAUGUUGGAGGUUUCGACAAAAGAGAUAAACAUCAUUAUGCUAAACUUGUACCAGAGGCCUAUGGGGAUGCUAACAGUUUGCAAGAUGGUGAAGGCGACUUGUCCAUAUCACAGGACCAACUAUCAGAAAAAAGAUCACUGACAGACUUUGCUCUAUGGAAGUGUUCAAAAGCUGGUGAACCCUGGUGGGAUAGUCCAUGGGGUAAAGGUCGUCCAGGUUGGCAUAUCGAAUGCUCCGUAAUGGCAUCAGCUAUCUGCGGAGAAAGUAUAGAUAUUCAUACAGGAGGUGUGGAUUUGAAGUUUCCACAUCAUGACAACGAAUUAGCACAGGCUGAGGCAUAUUUUGAUAAUUCUCAUUGGGUCCGAUAUUUCCUUCAUUCCGGCCAUUUGACGAUAUCCGGUUGCAAAAUGUCCAAAUCCUUGAAAAACUUUAUCACGAUACAAGAUGCAUUGAAAACGCAUACAGCAAGACAACUAAGACUUGCGUUUCUUCUACACUCAUGGAAAGAUACCUUGGACUACAGUGAUAAUACGAUGGACUUGGCCGUUCAGUAUGAAAAGUUCCUGAAUGAAUUCUUUUUGAACAUAAAAUGCAGAAUCAGGCGUCUUUGUACAGCCACAACCAUAGAUACCUUUAGUAAAUGGAACAAGCUUGAAUUAGAUUUUCAUAAAAAAUACUGCGCUGCUAAGGAUGCUGUGCAUGUUGCUCUAUGUGACAACAUUGACACGAGAGGUGCGCUCGAAGCGAUAAGAGAUCUCGUCACGAAUUCCAAUAUAUACAUAAGAGAAAGUGAAAACCCAAACACUCUGCUGCUACGAGAUAUUGCUGUUUACAUUACCAGAAUGUUAAUUAUAUUCGGUGCAAUUUCUACGCCUCAUGAUACAAUCGGUUUCCCAAUUGGUAACGAGACUGCAACUACAAACGUUGAAGAGACUGUAAUGCCUUAUCUAAAUAUACUUGCCGAUUUCCGUGAGAGCGUAAGGGCGCAUGCCAAGACGUUAAAAGCCAAUGAAAUCCUCAAGGAGUGCGACAGGUUGCGUGACGACAUCUUGCCAAGCGUGGGUGUGCGACUAGAGGAUGAGGAUGGUGAUGGAUGCAAAGUAAAAUUAAUCGAUAAGGAAAUCCUGCUAAAAGAGAAGGAAGCGAAAAAACGACAAGAAGCCGAAAAGGCUGCAGAGAAGGAAAGGAAGAAAGCGGAAGCGGCAGCCGCGCAGGCAGCCAAAGAAGCGCAGAGAAAAAUUCCUCCUACUGAAAUGUUCAAACUAGAAAAAGAUAAAUAUUCCCAGUUCGAUGAUAAGGGUAUACCGACGCACGACGUCGAAGGUAAGGAAAUUAGCAAGGGUCAGUUAAAGAAACUUCAAAAAUUGCAACAGGCACAAGAGAAGAAAUACAACGAGUAUCUCGCGACUGUACAAAAUGGCGUUUAAUCCGUUAUUACGGUUGCGAAUGUUACACUAAUAUGGCGACAUAAGACUUACUAAUAUCGUCCCCGACUCGAAAGUAGUGAAUUGACUAAUAUCGCAUUUACUGAAGUAUAAUUAUGAUAUGAGACUACUCGGAUAUUAUUAUUACUGAUACUUAAUGAUCUUGUAAUUAUUAUUAUUUGCCUUUGUAAUAUUUAUACCUAAACCACUUGAAAACUAUCCUUCAUUGAAACGAUCUCGCUUUCAAGUCGUUUUAGGAAUAUCAGCAGUAUCCUAAGUAGUAACACACUCUUCUUUUUAAUAUCAGUAGUAAAUUGUCCUCCAGUACAGGAUAAAGCACAAGAAAAAAAGAAACUGACUAAUUUACAAAGUAUACUGUUAAGAUAAUUUUCUUUAGAUGGUUUAAAAUACGAAGUUGCAAAUUUGUUGUUUAAUUAGUUAUCUUUGAGCGUGUCAAAACUUUGUUCUAAAAGUUAUGACGUUAUAAUAAUUCAGCGCUCAAUUAACGACGACUAUACAACAGUCCUUCUAUUGUAAUUUUACAUAUAUCCACAUGUAUUUACGAACUCGUGUGACGUAAUAAUAUUUUAUCAUCUAAAAUAAAUAUUCCUAAAAAGUUAAGAUAUAUGGUCUGAAGGUUAUAACAUACAUUUUCACAAUUUAUUUAUAUCAGCGCCGCUAACUUCUAGUGAAUUAAUUGUAUUUAUUGAAAGGAAAAUUAAAACUGACCGCUUAAAAUAUU